AUUAAUGCAGUGAGGCUGAAUGACACGGCGAGGCUGCGUCUGGAUGACUCAUCCAGUGAGUGUCAUCACUCUGCUUUGUGCUCAUUAACAUCGAUAAGAAACGUCACAUUUACUGCAGGAGCACAGACAGGUUGGUCCUGAUGGGACGACUGAGGAACACGUUAAAGGUAUUUAUUGAUGCUUCUCACUCAGAGAGCAGUAAAGGUCAUGUGACAUUAUGAAGACAUUGAAAUAAAUAAGGACAUGUGGCUGUAUGCCCGGGAAACGCGGUCCACCUCCACUAACUUGGACCUGGAGAGAUCUGCUUUUUCAUCAGGCCCAAACAGAGGUCUAAACAAACUGGUACCUGACUCUGAGGCCGGAGGAAAUGUGGAGAAAUCAUGGUCGACCAUGCCAGUAGUUUUUGGUCUUGUCCUUCUGUUUCGACUUUCUUCUUUCAUAUUAAAAUUACACCAGUAUUAUCGUGAUAAAAAACAAGAACAGAUUCAUUUCUACUUGAUAUUCAAUGUUCUCAGAACUGAAGCCGGAUGACUUUUAAAACAUGCAGUUAAAAACACCGACAGGAAGUCAGAAUGAAACGUCAGACGUUAACACUGAAUGCUAAAAUGAUAUUUAGGGAGCUAUUAGUUGAGUUGGUGGAAAAUCAAACCCAACUCUUCUGUAGACAGAAGAUUUAACAGGCUGACCAGGAUGCAAAUAAGAUAGACUGUGUGUGUGUGUGUGUGUGUGUGUGUGUGUGUGUGUGUGUGUGUGUGUGUGUGUUUAUUACAUUUGUCUGAAGUUAUGUCUCUGGUUAUUUCCUCCUAUUAGCAGCGAUCCACUGAAACAAACCACAGCACUGUAAUGUAAAGGCUUUAAUGUCACGGCCCGCUGCUGCGAAUCAAACUCCACUAACAUCAUCUGAGUGCAGAGCGUCUUUGGACGUGAAGUCCAGAUGUUCUUAAUUUGUGUUUCAUCAAAAUGUCACGAGGAACGGAAUCAUUUGCUUUAUUCACAGGAACAGAUGUACGGCUAAAUUAAUAUCAUCCCCAACAUGAAAUCAGAUUAUAUGUGUGGGUGUUACUCCUGUGCUUAAUGAGGCAGGGCAGUGUUAGAAUGUGUGUGUGUUCACAUCACACAUAUUACAGAUAAAUGUGACGCACACUGUUUAUUAUGAGCACCUUGAUGUCAAACUUCAGUUCUAUGUGAGUGUUCAGCUGCACGCGUACAGAUUUCUACAAGUUAUACUCAUCUGAAAUUCGUCACAGGACUGAGAGCGUUAACAGAGGACGACAAGGUCAAGCUUUUGGCUUCGCUGACAAAAAAUAUGAUGGAAAAUUUUCGUCAACAACCUUUGUGACGAAAACAAGAUGAAAUCUAUGUUUCAUUUUUGACGUGAUGAGACGUGAUGAAAAAGGCAGCAUGGUGGUAAAGUGGUUAGCAUUGAUUUCUGGUUCGAAACCCCGGGCUGGGGAAGCUGUCCUGUGCAGAGUUUGCAGGUUCUCCCCGUGUCAGCGUGGGUUUCCUCCAGGUGCUCCGACAUGUUCUCCCUGUGUCAGCGUGGGUUUCCUCCAGGUGUUCGGACAUGUUCUCCCUGUGUCAGCGUGGGUUUCCUCCAGGUGUUCGGACAUGUUCUCCCUGUGUCAGCGUGGGUUUCCUCCAGGUGCUCUGACAUGUUCUCCCUGUGUCAGCGUGGGUUUCUUCCAGGUGUUCGGACAUGUUCUCCCUGUGUCAGCGUGGGUUUCCUCCAGGUGCUCCCACAUGUUCUCCCUGUGUCAGCGUGGGUUUCCUCCAGGUGCUCUGACAUGUUCUCCCUGUGUCAGCGUGGGUUUCCUCCAGGUGCUCCGACAUGUUCUCGCCGUGUCAGCGUGGGUUUCCUCCAGGUGCUCUGACAUGUUCUCCCCGUGUCAGUGUGGGUUUCCUCCAGGUGCUCUGACAUGUUCUCCCUGUGUCAGCGUGGGUUUCCUCCAGGUGCUCUGACAUAUUCUCCCUGUGUCAGCGUGGGUUUCCUCCAGGUGCUCCGACAUGUUCUCCCUGUGUCAGCGUGGGUUUCCUCCAGGUGCUCUGACAUGUUCUCCCUGUGUCAGUGUGGGUUUCCUCCAGGUGCUCCGACAUGUUCUCCCUGUGUCAGCGUGGGUUUCCUCCAGGUGCUCCGACAUGUUCUCCCUGUGUCAGCGUGGGUUUCCUCCAGGUGCUCUGACAUGUUCUCCCUGUGUCAGUGUGGGUUUCCUCCAGGUGCUCCCACAUGUUCUCCCUGUGUCAGCGUGGGUUUCCUCCAGGUGCUCCGACAUGUUCUCCCUGUGUCAGUGUGGGUUUCCUCCAGGUGCUCCGACAUGUUCUCCCUUUGUCAGCGUGGGUUUCCUCCAGGUGCUCCGACAUGUUCUCCCUGUGUCAGCGUGGGUUUCCUCCAGGUGUUCGGACAUGUUCUCCCCGUGUCAGCGUGGGUUUCCUCCAGGUGCUCUGACAUGUUCUCCCUGUGUCAGCGUGGGUUUCCUCCAGGUGCUCCGACAUGUUCUCCCUGUGUCAGCGUGGGUUUCCUCCAGGUGCUCCGACAUGUUCUCCCUGUGUCAGCGUGGGUUUCCUCCAGGUGCUCUGACAUGUUCUCCCUGUGUCAGCGUGGGUUUCCUCCAGGUGCUGUGACAUGUUCUCCCCGUGUCAGUGUGGGUUUCCUCCAGGUGCUCUGACAUGUUCUCCCUGUGUCAGCGUGGGUUUCCUCCAGGUCCUCCGACAUGUUCUCGCCGUGUCAGCGUGGGUUUCCUCCAGGUGCUCUGACAUGUUCUCCCCGUGUCAGCGUGGGUUUCCUCCAGGUGCUCUGACAUGUUCUCCACCCCCACGUGACCCCCAAGAGGACAAGCGGUAACAGGAAAUGGCCGAAUGAAUGAGUCAUGUUAGCGGUGGAUUAUCGGACACUGUAUUCCUGCUGGGCGGCGCCAUGGACACAAUGUGAAUGUCCGGAAAUAUGUGAAUCAAGUGGCACGAAUGAAAUGAGUAUGUUUUCUUGUCAUACACUUAUUCGCACAAGUUGAAAAAUCUGAACUUUAGCAACCAAUUUGUGUCGUGACGGUCAAUUAGCAUUGAGAUCCUCCGGAGAUGUAUGACGCCAAGGACGUACUGGCAGAAGGUCAUUCAGUGAUUUCAUGCGUGUAUGACACAACGUAUUCGCGGGUAUGAAGAGAGUCAACACCAAAUAUUCUUGCAUUCAAAAUUGUGCGAGUAACGUGACGCAAAAAUUUGCAUCAUGCUUGGAGUGAACGAACAUAAGAACAGACCAACAGGCCAUCUGCAGAGACGCAACCCAAACAUGGGUGAAAAUACUUCUGUGUGUUUCAGCAGGUGCACAGUGACAGUCGCAGCCUUAACCUCACUGAUCUCUGUAUAAACACUUGUGGUAGUAA